AUGCCCAAAGCCAAGGGCAAGACUAGGAGGCAGAAAUUCGGUUACAAUGUCAACCGGAAGCGGCUGAACCGGAAUGCUCGGCGGAAGGCAGCGCCGCGGAUCGAGUGCUCCCACAUCCGACAUGCCUGGGAUCGUGCCAAAUCGGUGCGGCAGAACCUUGCUGAGAUGGGGCUGGCCAUGGACCCCAACAAGGCCGUACCCCUCCGUAAGAGAAAGGUGCAGGCCAUGGAAGUGGAUGUUGAGAGGACAAAUUUGCUGGUGCGGAAACCCUAUGUGUUGAACGACUUAGAAGCAGAAGCCAGCCUGCCAGAAAAGAAAGGAAACACUCUCUCGCGGGACCUCAUUGAUUAUGUACGUUAUAUGGUGGAGAACCAUGGGGAGGACUAUAAGGCCAUGGCCCGAGAUGAGAAGAAUUACUACCAAGACACCCCAAAACAGAUUCGGAAUAAGAUCAACGUCUAUAAGCGUUUUUACCCAGCGGAGUGGCAAGAGUUCAACAAUUCUUUGCAGAAGAAUAAAAUGGAGGUUGAUUGA